AUGUACCAUGUUCCUGAAAUGAGGCUACAUUACCCCCUGGUGAACACUCAAUCCAACGCCGCAAUAACACCUACCAGAAAUUACGACAACACUCUUCCUUCAUUUAACGAGCUAUCACACCAUAGCACGAUUAAUCUUCCAUUCGUUCAGCGUGAAACUCCAAACGCAUAUUCAAAUGUUGCCCAAUUAGCUACGUCGCCAACCCAGGCGAAAUCAGGGUAUUACUGUCGCUAUUAUGCUGUGCCUUUUCCCGCCUACCCACAACAACCACAAUCUCCAUAUCAGCAAGCUGUACUUCCUUAUGCAACCAUUCCUAACAGCAACUUCCAGCCAUCUUCUUUCCCCAUGAUGGCAGUGAUGUCUCCAGAAGUUCAAUUUGAUGGAACAUUUUUGAAUUCCUUGCCUGCCCACACAGAGUUGCCUCCAAUUAUUCAAAACACUAAUGAUGCUAAUGGCGCACGUCAAAAUAACCCUAAGUCAAUGGCAACGGCGGCAGUGACAGUGACAGCAACAGCAAGAACACCUGGAGUCAGUUCCACUUCAGUCAUUAAACCACGCGUUAUAACCACGAUGUGGGAAGACGAAAAUACUAUCUGCUACCAAGUAGAGGCGAACGGUAUAUCAGUCGUGCGCAGGGCUGACAACAACAUGAUUAACGGCACCAAGUUGUUGAACGUCACGAAGAUGACAAGGGGAAGAAGGGAUGGAAUAUUAAGAUCCGAGAAGAUUAGAGAAGUCGUGAAGAUUGGCUCCAUGCACCUCAAGGGUGUUUGGAUUCCUUUCGAGAGGGCAUAUAUCCUGGCUCAACGUGAACAGAUUCUGGAUCAUCUAUAUCCACUUUUCGUUAAAGAUAUAGAAUCCAUUGUUGAUGCCAGCAAACCCGCCGGCAAGGGGUCUUUAACCCCCAAAUCUAGUCCUGGUCCUAUCAAGCAAGAGCCAUCUGACAAUAAGCACGAACUUGCUCCCGAAAUUAAACCAAAGAGUAUUGACGCCUUAGCUAAUGGAACAUCUACUCAGGGUGCAGGCGAACCACCCCACUUGAAAAUUAACCAUAUCGAUACUGAGGCCCAAACAAGUAGAGCAAAAAAUGAACUAUCAUAA